UGCAUUUUGAUUUGGGAUUUCAUUUCGUUGCGGAAAAGGUCGCAAAGAUAUGGCGACUCGCAAUGACUCGCCCAAUCCCAACUCCACCGAAGCGUGGACCGUCGUCUCCCGCCGCCGUCGCCGCUCUCUCAAGCAGCAGCAACCGAAGCGCUCCGUUCUCCCCGGACCCGAAACCCUAAUCGCGCCUCCGUCCCCAUGGAUUCCGAUCGAUUCCUUCGUCGACAUUGAGCGUCGAUCCAAGCUGCUCCAAAGGAUGGAAUCCGCGAUCCGGAGGCUCGAGUGUUCCUCGUUCUACCGGAGGUUCCUCCUCCGUCUGCGCGGCCAUCUGGUCCAGCACGGUCUGGCCAGGGCGUUGUCCUCCGCCUUGGAGAUUCGUAUGGUGGUCUACGGCGUCGGGAGCAUUGAAUCCUACGACCCCUCCCGCCUCCAGCUUGCCCUCGCCAUCCUCCUCCGUCGGGACCUCGGCCUCGCAGUGCCGUAUCUUGAAGUUUUUGACCCAAUCCUUUCCGCCACGGAGUGUGCCGUAAUGACGGCGUUCGAUUGCGCCGUGGUGCCAGUGGAUGAGAGGGGGCGGAGAGAGGUAAGAGCCCCGACGCUGUUCUACAUGCCGCACUGUGAGGCGGCACUUUACGACGGGCUAUUGGAGGCCAAUUGGAGGCCGUCGAGCCUCAACCGGAUGGUGGUGCUUGGAAAUAGCUUUUCGGCGUAUGAGCAGUUCGUGGAGUUAGGGAGUUGCUCUGGGUCCGCAUCCGUGGAGGCGGCCGUGAAGCAUCUUCUAUUGGUGAGAAGGCAUGUGACGGAAGUGGAGAUGGAGGAGGAGGAGGCUGGAGCAGGAUCGCAGGGGAAGCAGGACGACGAAGAUGGGAUUUUCAAGGCCUUUCAUGAUACAAGUUGGCAUUUUUUCGACUUGGACGAUGAUAAGCCGAUGGAUCUCGUGAAGAGAUGAGUUUAUGAAAUUCUUCUUUCCCUUCUUAUUCAACUGCAAAGUUUUUCAAAACGUAGUGGCUGUUGAACCGCAGGAAAGGGUUGAUUGGCUGUUCAAUACCUGAUAUCCAGCCAAGUGUCAGGCCAAGCAGCAUAGUGAGGUCUCUCUUUUUCUUGGUCUCACACUUUCCUGAUGGUCUACUUUUCUGUUUCACAUACAGUUACUUUUGCCCCUUCAUCCUUUUGCUACCAUGUUGUGCUUUGUCACACCAUUGCUUGAAAAUCCAGCCAAUGGGAGAUGUUUCACUCAAAGCAUAAGCCAUUUCUUGCCAUGAGGGCAGCAUAUAUCCUUCGAAAACUAUACUGUUCAAGGGGAAUUCUACAGAUUAUGUCCGCUAUUCUCUGUUAUUUCAAGGUGUGAGUUCUCUUAUAGGAGUUGAGUUGCCUUUUAUUUGCUUAUUGAUUUCUGUUUUGUUUCUUACCCAAGAUUAGUCACUUUCUUUUCUUUAUAUUUGCAAUUCCUGGUAGUAAGGUUUUCCUUGAAACUUGAUUAAGAUGUUUCUUUGAUCCUUAUUUUGAAUUUAUAAUGGGAAGAAUGUGCUGGAGAAGAACAAUUAAUGAUUUAAUGAUUGGUUUUGGACUGGGAGGUCAGAGCUGUUUUGAGUCGACUAGAGUGAGCUCCAUGUGUAUUUAGUGCAUGCAGUUUACUAAUCAAGCCAAUUUUGGUCCCAUUUUUAGUUUGGACUGUUCUAUUUAACUUGGACUUUUCCUUCUUGCACUCAUGUAGCUCAUUGUCUGAACUAAAUUUUGAAGUUUCACUCCAAGCCAGAUUGCUUGUGGCAUUCGGUGAAAAUCAAUCACAGCUUCAACAUCCGAGUCUUUUUAAGGAUUCUAGUCUCUAUUUUAUCCAGAACUCAGUUGAGUUCUAUAUUUAACAAUCUGUUAGAUGUAAACGUCGUCAUUGUCAUUAUUGUCAUUAUCAUCAUCAAAACUCACAGUAGAUAAGGUUCUACACUUUUGCUAAAUUAAAAAAAGAAAUUCUAAAAUUGGUGGUUAGCAUGAUAUUGAUCCUUUCACAUUACCAUCAAAGCUAAAUAUAACUGCUGGACCACUUGUCUGCUUUUCCCAAAAAAAACAUGAUAUAUUGUGCUAAUGAAGACAUCUUUUCUGGUUACUGAUUAAGCAAGCUCAUUCAGUCGAGAAAGAGCCUGAGAACCCUUAAACUUGAAAAAAUGGAAAGUAUGCUCAAUUAGCCAAUGAGAAAACGAGUGACAUUCAUUGAAAAUGCUCAAUUAGCCAAAGAUCCAAUCAUCAUGACCCAAAACAUCUGGUGGGCCUUUGAAGCUUCUAAUUUCACUUUCAACUUUUUUCUGUAGCACGUAGUCCUUAUUUCAUUCAAGAGUAUCCUUUGCAUUUGUUUGAAUUUAGCAAAUACAGUAAUCAUUGUAUUUGAAACAUUCUUCUUUCUCAUUUGAGAUGCUAUUGUUGAUUAAUUAUCAACAGUUAGAACUAUAGGUUUUGGUUCAUUUGCUAAUUAAGAACAGCUUGGGUGCAAUUUGCAAAGCACAUUGUUGAAUGUAUAAUAUAUUACAGCUAUUAAACCCUUUAGCUCAAGCUGUUCUAUUUAAACAAUAAAUGUCUCCUUUAGUUUUAAUUAAUGCUUAAUGCAAUACAUAUCAAUUGAAUUUCUCCAACACAGGUGGUUGAUCAAGUUGCUUUUACAAUUAAUUGUAGUUAGAAACUAGCUAAGAGUCAUCCUGUGCACUGUAAUUUUGGGUGUCAUAGUUGGAUGAUUUGCUUUCCAAAAAAUUGGAACCUGAAUUUGUGUAUGUUAAGUCCUCCAUUACCUGCAUGUGUUUUAAAAUAUAAUAGUUGUCUAAUUUUACGUACAUUUUCUGUUAAUUAUGACAAUCUUUGUCCUUCUUAGUUGCAUUAUCUUUCACAUCCAUCAAUGAUGUGUUCAAAAUAUUCAAGAGCUCUGAGAAUAGACUGUUAAUAUUUGUUGCAGAUGCAUUUUGAAAACUUCUAAAGAAAGUGACAACUUGUGAAGCUAUUAUGCUAGCAAGAUAAUUUGUAUUUCCCCUUUAUAUACAUUUCUUGUUCUUGUGGAUUUUUGUUUUGAGUGACAAUAUCAAUUGGGACAGUCUUGCAACUCAGAAGCUCUCUUAGGAUCUUACAAAUAUGUUAUUAUUUCUAGAGAUGAACUGUCCUUUUAUAGUGUAAACAUUUCAGGUAAAGUUGGAAAUCAUUGUACUUUUUUUUCACUUUAUGAAUAUUCUUUUCUAGUUUAAGUGCUUGACAUUAAC